AAAAGUACUACCACUACCUCUUCCUCUACAUCUACCUGGAUAGAACAAUAGCCACCCGAAGUGGAAAAACCACUGCUUCUGCUUUCUCGUGUUCCAGUAUAUCAUCUUUGCCUUUCCCCGACAACCGCCAAGAAAAAGAAACGUCUGAAAUCACUCCCAUAAACUGAAAAAGCGAAGGAAAAAAGACCGACGACAAUUCACAAAUCCACAUUUCAGCUCGAAGGAACUAUAAGCUCUGUUAAUCGUACUUGAAUUACGCCGAAGGUGGGUCGGUGUUUUUUCUUCUGAUGAUGCGAAUCUUGCUCCUGAAUAGCGCUAUGAUUUGCGAAUAACUAUGCUGGAAGUUGUAUCGACCCAAUCCUAAAUUUUCUGCCAAAACCAACUUCAACAGUUGUUUUCAGUGAAAUGAUUCAAUUAGCAUGUAUUUCUACUGUAACUUUGAGCUCUCAAACUAAUAUAGUGAACUUUUGGAGCUCACAAUCCUCUGGGAGAUAUGGUUCUAAUAUUUCGCAGCAAACUAAUGUGUUAGCAUUUGGGAGUAGUGACUCCAUGGGUUUUAACAUGAGAAUUCCCAAUAUGCAUCAUGUUGGAACAAGGCUGAGGAAGGAUAUUGGCACUUUGCAGGUAGUUUGCAUGGACUAUCCACGGCCUGAGCUUGAGAAUACUGUUAAUUUCCUAGAAGCUGCUUACUUAUCAUCAUCUUUUCGUUGCUCUUCUCCCCCAAAAAAUCCGUUAAAGGUUGUAAUUGCUGGUGCAGGUUUGGCUGGUUUAUCUACCGCAAAAUAUUUGGCUGAUGCAGGUCACAAACCUUUAGUGUUGGAAGCCAGAGAUGUUCUUGGUGGAAAGGUGGCUGCAUGGAAAGAUGAAGACGGAGACUGGUAUGAGACAGGUCUACACAUCUUCUUUGGGGCCUACCCAAAUAUGCAGAAUUUGUUUGGAGAACUAGGCAUUAGUGAUCGAUUGCAGUGGAAAGAGCAUUCUAUGAUAUUUGCAAUGCCAAACAAGCCAGGAGAGUUCAGUCGAUUUGAUUUCCCUGAAGUCCUGCCUGCACCAUUAAAUGGGAUAUGGGCCAUCUUAAGGAACAAUGAAAUGCUGACUUGGCCAGAGAAAAUCAAAUUUGCUGUUGGACUCCUGCCAGCAAUUCUGGGCGGACAAGCUUAUGUUGAGGCUCAGGAUGGUUUAACUGUUAAAGACUGGAUGAGAAAGCAAGGAAUACCUGAUCGAGUGACUAAUGAGGUGUUUAUUGCAAUGUCAAAGGCACUAAACUUCAUUAACCCAGAUGAACUUUCAAUGCAGUGUAUUUUGAUUGCUUUGAACCGAUUUCUUCAGGAGAAGCAUGGUUCCAAGAUGGCCUUCUUAGAUGGUAAUCCUCCAGAGAGACUCUGCAUGCCAAUUGUAGAUCAUAUUACGUCAUUGGGUGGUCAAGUCCACCUUAAUUCUCGUUUACAAAAGAUUGAACUAAACGAAGAUGGAACAGUGAAGAGUUUUUUGCUUAACAAUGGGAAUGUAGUUGAAGGGGACGCUUAUGUUAUUGCUACACCGGUUGAUAUCCUGAAACUUCUUUUGCCUGAAGAGUGGAAAGAAAUUCCGUACUUCAAGAGAUUGGACAAAUUAGUUGGAGUUCCAGUCAUUAAUGUUCACAUAUGGUUAGUCAUAGAUUCUUUUUAA